UUUACAAGUAUAAUUUAAUAGCUCUCUUUGUCUUUAUGUUAUAGACAGUGUGACCUAUUGAUGUUGAUUUGAUGAGUGGAGUUUUGAGGGACAUAUUUAUUUUCUAUUAUUUUGAUCGAACUGACUUCGAUCAAGUCAUUGUCUCAUCUGUUAAAACCAAAAGAAUUGUUCCAAUGAGUGUUGUCGAUCUUCGAGCUCACGGUUGCGUAGCAUUCGCAUGUGAGCAACUAUUUAUACAGAAGCAAAGUGGUUGCAGAUGCAGCAGGUGAAAAUGGCUGAGGAUAUAAUUCAUGUAGUGAUGCUUCCAUGGUUAGCAUUUGGUCACUUGAUCCCAUUUUUCAAACUUUCAAUAGCCUUAGCCAAAUCUGGUGUUCAUGUCUCCUACAUAUCAACUCCCAAAAACAUUCAAAGGCUUCCUAAACUUCCUUCAACUUUAUCACAUUUAAUAAAUUUAGUAGAAAUUUCAUUACCAUCAUUAAACACAAAUCUCUUACCAGAAGGUGCUGAAGCUACAAUGGACAUUCCAAUUGAUAAAAUUCAAUACCUAGAAGAAGCAUAUGAUCAACUCCAAAGUCCAGUGAAACAAUUAAUAUCCAAUUGGUUACCCGAUUGGAUAAUCUGUGAUUAUAGUCCUCAUUGGAUUGUAGAGAUUGCACAAGAGUUUCAUGUAAAGCUAAUAUACUAUUCCGUUGUUUCGGCUGCAACAUUAGUGUUUCUUGGACCACCGAGUAACACGAUGAAAGCACGAUUCUCGCCAGAAAGUUUAACAGCACCGCCAGAAUGGGUGACAUUUCCAUCAUCAGUUGCUUAUACCAGAAAUGAAGCAAUUGCUUUUUCUGCUAUUGUCCAUCAGAAAAAUGCUUCUGAAGUUAGUGGCAUUGAAAGGCUUGUUAAGGUAAUUGGUGCUGCUAAAGCUGUAAUAUGUUGUAGUUGCUAUGAGAUUGAAGGUGAAUAUCUGCAUCUAUACAAUAAACUAGUUCAGAAGCCUGUGAUUCCUAUAGGUUUGUUGCCUGUAGAGAUGCCACAAAGAGAAAUUUUUGAAGAAUCAAGAUCAGAGAGUAAAAUAUUUGAGUGGCUUGAUAAACAAGAAACAAAAUCAGUUGUUUUUGUAGGGUUUGGGAGUGAAUGCAAAUUGAGCAAGGAACAAGUUUUUGAAAUAGCUUAUGGACUUGAAGUGUCAAAAUUGUCAUUUUUAUGGGCAUUAAGGAAGCCUAAUUGGUCAUGUAAUGAUCAAGAUUUUCUACCUAUUGGUUUUGGUGAAAGGACAAGUGAGAGAGGACUUGUUUGCAUGGGAUGGAUACCACAACAAGAGAUAUUGGCACAUUCAUCUAUUGGUGGGUGUUUGUUUCAUUCUGGAUGGGGUUCAGCAAUUGAAACAUUGCAAUUUGAAAACAACCUUGUUGUGCUACCUUUUAUUAUUGAUCAGCCUCUUAAUGCAAGACUUUUGGUGGAUAAGGGUUUGGCUAUUGAAGUUAAAAGAUAUGAAGAUGGAAGAUUCAGUAGAAAUGAGAUUGCUAAAUCACUUAGACAAGCAAUGGUGUUGGUGGAAGGAAAGGAGCUCAGAGUUAAGACAAGAGAAGCUGCUGUUAUUGUAGGAAACUUGAAGCUGCAUCAGGAUCAUUACAUAGCAGAAUUUGUCCAGUUUCUCAAGGACGGAAUCAAGAAAAGGAUAUGAAGAUGAAGAUGAAGAGAUUAUAAACUUCUAUUACUUUCAUUUUAGGAGAAUCUAACUCCUCCUUAGUGUGUUUGGCGCAUUAUUAAGUUUCCAAAGAUCCAAACAC